UUGUGGGAAAGUUUUUAAUGAAUCGGUCUCAUGAGAAAGAAAAGUAUUUUUUAUGAAUUAUGUAAAAUGGAAAGUGAAAUUAGCAUAGAUCAGAUUGCAAACGAUUUGUGCCUGGAUCCAAGAUUAUUAAAGACCAGGGAAAAUGGAGUCUUCAUUGCUGCAGUACCUAGCGAGUGGGUUAUGCAGAUGCUUAAAACAGGCUACACUGAGAAAAUGUCAGCACCUGAUGAUCAGACUGUGAAGGUACACUCUGUUACGUAUGAGGACUUACCAGAGUCCUGGCAGAGACUUCAAAUUAAAGCAUUCCAAAAGAGAACUACAAAAAGCAGCUACUGUUGUGUGUCAGCAUUAAACCCUGGAAGCCAAGUUGUUUCAAAUCUUGAACUGUUGGACUGGAUGCAAACACUAUCAACAAAAGAAUUUGCUCAUCAAUGGAAAACAACGUUUUACAAAUAUGAAACACUAUCAUCUGCAUAUGUGAAAUCACAACAGACGGAGGAACGACAAUUGAACUUGAUCGAGGCCAUCAAGAACAUUUAUUGCAUACCCGUUAUUGAGACUAACAGCGAACGGAAUGGUGGUAAUGACUCACAGAUAAAACGCAGACAAGGCCAUCCUAAUAUCUACCCAAUCAUGUGUGCUGUUGACACCCAAAAUUUGAUUUAUCUUCUCAUGCAAUAUCCUCAGCCUUCGCUUCACGAUAGCAUCCUGUUUAGCCCGGCAAUGCUUGAAAACUCAUACGCCAAGCUGCUGUUUGUUAUCUACCAGUUGUUUCAGGCUAUCUACCACUGCCACACAAGGGGAAUUCCCUGUGGAGAUAUCAGCCUAAACGACUUUGAACUAACAGAAGAUUUGUGGUUGAGGUUCCAAGGUCCAAAUUGGAACUCGAUUAUAAAAUCUGAUUCUGAAUGUGACGCUACCAUUCCAAGAGAUUCCAUGUGCAAUGAACUCCAGAACGAUGGUGACAGUGUAAAAGACAACGUAACUGGAGAAACCACUGACCAUUCCAUUGUCACAUCCACAAAUCAGGAUCAAACAUCACUUCUAGAUAAGCUGCCAGAAUUAGUACAGGAUUGGGUUUUAGGGCAUAUUAGCAAUUUUGAUUAUCUAAUGGCAUUAAAUACUCUCGCUGGUCGAGAAAUGGGUCACCCUAACUAUCAUCCAAUUUUCCCGUGGGUUAUGGAUUUCUCCUGUCCAAAUGGUGGUUUCCGUGAUCUUACCAAGUCUAAAUACCGUCUUAACAAAGGGGAUGAACAACUGGACUUAACAUACGAAGCAUCUAUACCGACUCUUGGAGGAAUGUCCUUGCAGCCGAGACAUCAUAUCUCAGACAUUUUGUCCGAGAUCACAUACUAUAUAUACCAGGCACGAAGAACGCCUAAAGCGGUUUUGUGUAAGCAUGUCCGCUCGAAAUGGGUACCGAAUGAGUACCCAGUUAGCAUUCAAAGACUGCAGGCUUGGACACCAGAUGAAUGCAUCCCAGAAUUCUUUUCCGAUCCUAACAUUUUCCACUCAAUUCACGAAGACCUUCCCGACCUUGGGCUACCAAUGUGGGCCAGUAGCCCCGAUGAAUUUAUUACUCACCAUCGCAGAAUACUUGAAGGUGAAUUUGUGUCUGAAAGACUUCAUAAAUGGAUCGACCUGACAUUUGGAUAUAAGUUAUCUGGAAAUGCUGCAAUUAAAGCACGUAACGUGUGCUUGCAACUGGUCGACCACCACACGGAACCAAGAAGACACGGUGUACUUCAACUGUUUGCGCAUCCCCAUCCAAAACGCCUUACCAAGUCACGGUACACUUCACCAGAGGCUCCUCUGUGUACGUCACGUUUCUAUUGGUCAGAAUUUACCCAGAAGUCUUUCAACGCAGGGGUUGAAAGCACGCUGUCUGUUGAUGGUGUUGAUUCCGGAUUGACUACAAGCCAAGCGGUCGGAGAACCAGCUCGGCAUGAUGUUGCCGCUGGCAUUACAAGUACAAAGGAAUACGACCAUAGUAAUGAGGUGGUUGAAGUUGCCAGUGCUGGUGCAUCUCAAGAACCUUUUAAAGUCGUUAAGGAAGCACUGAGCGCUGCGUUGAUGAGUACUGAUGAUGCCACUAUCAAAAACCCAAUUAAGAAACUAUUCAGACCUCGACCGGAGAGUAUGGAAUUAAAGUAUGUCGGUCCUCGACCGGAAACAAUGCCCAUUGUGAUUCCUGAAGACUACAAACCUUUAGCAAUGCUUGAUCAAAUUGAGUCACUGUAUGCAUUCACAGGCAAAUCACUGCAUGAGCUACCAAGCAAACAGCAAGAACCCUCUGAUUUCAAAGUGGAUGAAUCGGAUAAGCUGCUAGCUCAUGACAUGGUGAUGGUGGGCUGCUUGAUAGCUGAGAUUGUUCUAGCCCCGAAAUUACAAAUGCAACGUCCGCAUGUUAGCUUCGCCCAGAGAUGCACGUUGCUUCGAAAACUAUGCAUCAGGGAUAUUUUAGAUGUACCGAGACCAUUGCAGGGUAUAUUACGACAACUUCUUCAACUGGAUAACUCAGACUUUGAUGUGCAAGAUAUCCGGCUUGUUCCUAUUGAGGAAGGUUAUCCACCUCCUUCAAUAGGUCUUCUUCUACAAACUCACGGAACCUUCAUCCCAUUCCCUGCCUACUUCCCAGCUAUGUAUGAACUCAUCUGUAAAAUCAAACAGUUGACUCUGUCUGUUGAGGACCCAACAUCAAAAUUUUCAGAAAUAUCAAAGCAACAACAUGUGUUCGAAGAAAUUCAAAACAUUGCUAAGUUCCUGCCAAAACUCUUUGAUGGAUUAACUGAAGAAGGGAAAGAGGUUCUGCUGCCUUUUUUUAUUCCAUUGUUUCAGAAUAAAGACUGUGCUCUUUAUGCAUUUUUACUCCUGUUUAACACCAUUGCACAACAUUUAGGCCCUGAGAUGACAGAAAUCAAGUUCUGCGCGUUACUAAAGAACCUGUACAAGUCUCCGUUCACAUCAUCAAACUUCAUUUUGAUAUUUCACAAGUCUUUUCUCUCAUAUUUGAUCUCCCGAUUUGGUUUUGACUGCUUUCUUCAGAAUUUUGUGGAAUUCCUUGUGGAGAUGUUAUUAGGACAACGAACGUGUCCUGCUUUUAGGUCAUCAGCUGAAUUUCCACUCCCUGUUUUGACCACAGAGAGGCAAAGAUCAUUUACACACAGGGUCUCUGAAAGCCACGAUGCACUUACCCUCGAGAAUGAUGAAGAAUACGCCCCCGAUGAUUACACUCCAUGUCAACAAACUCAAAAUGAUGAAGAUAUGAUUUCGCAGGAUGUGGAUGAAACCUCAGAAGGUUAUGCAAGCGAAGAACUCACCUCUCUUGAUGACAAAACACAGGACGAUUCUGAAGGCAAUCAGAUAACGGAUACAAACGAGCCCUCCCCAAGACAUAAGCAAUUUUUAAAUUUUGCCGCUGAUAAGACAGAACCGGUUAAAGUAGAAGAAGGAUUAACUAUAGAGAGUACAGUGAAGGGCAUCGAUGAAAGCGACAAUUCUUCUCCAAUAGCCCCUGGUACAACACUGAUCGAAACAACUAUGGAGAGCAUCUUGUGGUUGGCAGAGAAGAUAGGCCCAUGUCUGACAGCUACGAUACUGAGCCGCCAGCUCCUGGGCAUUGCUGAACAGUGUUUCUCUGAGGAAGAGCAGUUGAGAUGGCUUGAUGAGGAUUCAGACAGCGAGAGUAGUGGUGAUGACGAUACACUGUUCAUGGAUAAACGCUUUGUUGAGGGUGAUACUUAUGCAGAACCUGUCUUCUAUUGUCUCAUACACAUUGCAGAAAUUUAUGGAGAGGAGUUCAUAUUUAAACAGUACUUACCUUAUAUACAGACAAGUGUGGCGUCAGUUCGUAAGAAAUUGAACUCAAAGAGCGAGGCAAGCUUAAUCUCAUGUUUAUCGUUGCUCAAGUUUCUCCUUCCAUACUUCAGUGACUCUCAACUUAUGGAAAAGUUAAAGUUCAGCCAAGCCGACUUGAAGAGGAUGAAUACUCAAGCAGCUUUGGAGCAACAAUGACCGGCAAUCGUAUCAACCUCUCCGAUUCAGUGACAAUGCCUGGCGUCUCCAACGAACAGAUUCUGAAUAAGAAUGGGUGUCCAGAUGACCUGCAACUUAGCUCCUCAUAUGCAAUGAACAAAUGGAUGAAGAAGCCAGAGUUUUUAUCAAGCAGAGAUGUUGGAAAAGACAGGCAUAUAUCGGGCACAUGGUUUAAACAUUGGCAGCAGUAUAUAGAAACUGGUGAUCAAAAUUUUAACUUUUGUCAAUUAAAAUUACAAUCCUUUGUUGGCCAUAAUGGAGGCAUUCGUGCACUACAUGUACUCGACAAUGAGGAGACGUUUUUUAGUGCUAGCAAAGACAAGACAGUUAAAGUGUGGUCACUGAGGAGUCAUGGAAAUGGAACAUACAAAACAAAUUCGCGAUGGACUUACUACCUACAUAAACGGGCUGCGUUUUCUGUAACGUUUCUGGAAUCAGUUCGCCUUGCAGCAUCAUGUGAUGGUACAGUACAUGUAUGGGAUCCAUUCAAGGGUGCUCAGAUCCGUCAAUACGACAUCCCUAGAAGCUCGGCAAGUGUUCUGGUGAAGUGUCCCGCUCCAAGUUGUACUCUGCUAGCAGGAACAUCUGAUGCGAGCGUUAGAAUGAUUGACACACGCACAAAAGACAUGAAACAAGAAUUCAAGGUUACCUCUGGACCACUGGGCUUGAUUCGGUGUCUUGCUGUAAACAAAGAUGGUAAUCUCUUAGGUGUUGGUCUGUCAUCGGGAGUUUUAUCAAUGGUUGACCUCAGGACUGGACUCUUGCUUGGUGGGUGGAAAGCACAUGAGGGAGAAAUUCUACAGAUAAAAGCUCACGCUGAUAGGAGUUUUGUGACAUCAUCUGGAGACCACAGCAUGGCAUUGUGGAGAGACGAUGGCCAUAGGUUGUCCUCCAUCCGAGGUAUUGGCGAGCCUGUCCAUUGCUUCUGUAUCAGUCGCAACGAGAUUGUAUCAUCUACCACAUCCAACCGAAUAGGCAUCUACAACUCCAUAUCUUCACAGGCUAAUUGUUACAUUUCCAAGAUCAGGCCAGAUGUUCUCAAAGGAAACCUGAGUGCUCUGGAGGUAUUGCCGAAGCAGAGGCUCUUCCUGAUGGCCUCGGAAAACAGCAACAUCUCCCUGUCAGCUUGAAAACUUAUUCAAGAUUCAGAAGAUAGUAAUAGAUGAUCUGAGAGGAUUGAUGCUUAGCAGUGGCAGUCAGAGUAAAUUAUUUUUGGAAAUGAUCUGGCAUGCAAAACAUCAUUGCGGUGUGGUGUUACAAAAUUUUGUCGGCUUCCAAAACUGUAGUGUGCAUAUGGCACCAGACUCCCAACUAUGCGAUCCCAUAUCACGUCAUAUUGGUAAACUAUAGUAAUUGAUCAUUGUAUCACAUUUAGGUGAAAUAAUGUAGUUAUUGAUAACAUAUACCUUAUUGCAAAAACAUGUAUGGAUCUUAAUUGUACAAACAGCAGUAGAACAUAAGUAAAAGAUUAAUUUUACACAUGUACUGUACUUAUUUAGCCAUCAUUUAUAUAAUACAAUACAAUGUUUUAUUGUACUGUACUUAUUUAGCCAUUAUUUAUAUAAUACAAUACAAUGUUUUAUUGUACUGUACUUAUUUAGCCAUCAUUUAUAUAAUACAAUACAAUGUUUUAUUGUACUGUACUUAUUUAGCCAUCAUUUAUAUAAUACAAUACAAUGUUUUGUAUCACAAAAAGAUAUUUAUGGACCAUUGUGUAAAUUGAAUUCCCACAUAUUUAUGUCAUAAUUGUGUAUACAGUAUAUUCCAAGUAGUAGCCAAUCACAGUAUAGAAAAAUCAGGAUUUUAACAUUUUCACAGGAAACAAAGAACAAUGUUUACAAAAUGAAUUAUGACAUAAAUUGAUGAGAUUUCUGCAGUUUUGAACUAAUAUUGUCUAGCGCUCUAGAUUAAUGUGAUUAGUACGAAAUCUAUAUAGGUCACUCUAUAUCUUCACAUAUUUCUUUUUAUACCAAUGAAGAUUAUUUUAAUUAAAACAAUGAUUUAAAUUUUCGCAUAGUAUAUAAAAUUUAAAGAGCAUAUUUAGGGAUGUUAUAUAUUGGAGUAUACAGAUUAUUUUUUUAUAUAUAAAACAUUUCAUUGAACAGCUGAUUAUUUUUUGAGGUACACCCAAGUUUUUGAUGAAUAAAUCACUACAUAAAAUUAUUUUGAAAAUGUUAUGAGGUUUUAAAAACUAAAUAUAUUUUAUAAAUAUUCUUUCUGCAGAAAUAUAGUACUAUAUAAUACAUCUUGAUCAAAUUCAAUGCGGCAGUUUUUUAAAUUUGGCGUCUAACUCAGUUGUUUAUUUUCAAGAAGUUUUGUAAUGAGGUAUUUUUUAUGUUAUAAGGUUCUGACAGUGGUGGCACCAGGAUUUGCCCAAUGAGGAGGGGUGGGCCGAUUUCUCUGACGAUAGUGGCGGUGGCGGGGCCAGGCCGAAACCUUUUAACAGUCUAUUUUGUAGAUACUUGCAUGGAAUGUUAUUUCGCUGCAAUGCCUUGUGUUUUUCCCGCCACUGACCUUCCCCACCUUUCCUACUAGCACCACCACUGGGUUCUGGUUGAGGCAAAAAGAAAGAGAUGUUUUGCUCAAGCCUGACUGAACCAAAAGCUAACAAAUUUUGGUUUGGAAUUGUUUUGGGUAAAAAUGUUUUUUUUUUACCAUAGAACAUACCUCUAUGAUGUUUCAAAAUGUCACUUUCCAACCUUUAUUAAUAAAUUUGAUACAUUGUCAUAGAUUUUAGCCUGUGUUACUAUUAAAAACCAAAACGACUAUUAUUCUUUGCGACAGUGAGGUGAUUAUCCUCCAUUUUUAAAAUGUUUCAUCGAUGCAAUGAAGUAUGACGAAGAAUAAAAGCAUGAUGUGAGGUGUUCAGAAAGUUAGGCCCAACUCAGACAUGGUUAUCAUCGAGGACAGUCUUUAAGUCUUCAUGAAAACAUUAAACAUGUUUAACACUCUACAACAACGCGACUGUCCCCGGCACAGACUUAUCGCCUUAGCGCACACAGACCCGUUGUGACAACAAAUCGCUUCAGGUUGCGUUGUAGGACGCUGUCUGAGUUGGGCUUAAGUCGCAUGAUCUAUGUUUCAGUACUUUAUUUUGAUGAGGUUAUUACUACUUUUGUUGACAAGCAAUAUAUUAACCUAUUGAGUGUGUCUUAAAAGUGAAAACAAGGCAAUACCCCUUAAUCUUGGUGAAUCACUAGAUAGAUCAAAAUGUAAUUUUAAACAUGAUUGGUCAGAUUAAAUACUAAAUUAUGACCUAGCACUGCUACUUUAUUUUGUAUUAUACAAUAUUUGUGGUGUAUCGUCCUAUGUGUUACAAAACCGGUGUAUAAUAAAUUGUACUCCAAAUAUUAA